AUGACCUUUUUGUUUCAAAUGAGAAUCCAAAAUUUGUAGCCAAAUUGUUAGCUUAGUAUAGGAUUGUUUAAUUUCUUGGUCAAGGUGCAUUCAGUAGUGUAUUCAAGGUUUUUCAUGAUGGUGAAUUUUUUGCUAUUAAGGUGAUAUAUUUUAUUAUGAUAUUAGGCAGAUAGUUGAUAAAAUGAAAGGUUACACAGAAAAGCUAUAAUAAGAAGCCUCAAUUUUAAGUUAAUUGAAACAUCCUAAAAUAGUACAAUAUUAUAAGACUUUCGAAUCAAAAAGAAGACUCUAUUUUAUAUUGUCAUUCAUAGAAGGAAAUACUCUUUAAUAAUUCAUUGAUGAUAACAAUAUCAGAUUUUCAGAAUAAGAAUGCAUAACAUUAAUUCGCUAAUUGGUUGAUGUACUGAGCUAUCUACAUUCCAAUCGUAUUAUUCAUAGAGAUAUAAAACCAGGUAAGAUCGGUUGUUGAAAGUAGAUAACAUCAUUGUUGAUAAGAACCUUAAUCUCACUUUGAUAGACUUUGGCCUAAGUUACAUGACUACCUAGUAAAUAACUACACAUUAAAAUUGUGGAACAUUAAUAUAUAUGGCUCCAGAAAUUCUAAUGAAAAAGGAAUACUUUAAAUCAAUUGAUAUUUGGAGUUGCGGCAUCAUUUAAUAUUAAUUAUUAAAAAAUUGUCAUCCCUUUUAGACUAAUUUAAUAAAAGAAUAAUAUAUUAAAUAAAUGUCUGUACCAUAAAAAAUAGAUUAUAGCGGUAUGUCUAAGUAUAAUUUUAUAUUUGAAAGAGCUGCUAUUUCUUUUUUUGAAAAAACUGCUGCUUUUGAACCUGAAGCAAGAAUAACUGCUGAAUAAGCAUUAUUACAUCCAUGGAUAACUUCUUAAUCAUCAGAAACAUAAAUUAUGACAAGUAAAGAAAUAUUCCAAGCAUACAAAGGAAUAUUAAUAUUCACUAAAGUAUUACAAUUUAAUUAAUAUAAUCUAGUUUUUAAAAUUGUUUGUUUUUCUACAAUUUAUUAAAUAAAAUAGUGAAAAAGCUAUUAGAGCCAUAGUUUUACCUUCAUCUAAGCGUUUUUUUUCAAAACAAAAGAGUCCCAAAAAACCAAAAAUUCUCUAAAUACCUUGUUUAAAUUCAAGCAUUAGAAGUAGUAGAGAUGUGAGUAUUAUUUUUUAUUUUAGAGUUCAGAAAAACCUAAAAUAAAAUUACCACAAAUUAUUCAUUCAAAGAAUAGUCCAAAAGGUGAAGCAAGUCCUUCAAAAUUUACUUUUUAUUAAAAAACCUUUAAUCCAAUUUAAACAACCAUAGAGUUUGAAAAAUCUAAUGUUAAAUUUAAAUGA